AUUCUAUGACAAAUAUUUGUCAAUUGUUUAUUGUUGUAAUUUGACAAGUUUCAUAAUAAGCAAGAUUUUUAUUAGUUUAGUGACUUUAGUUUUUAAUUUUAAUGCUAAGAUAAAGAUAGGGAGCAGUAAACAAACAAUAUGGAUUUCCCUGCUACACCAUCAAAUGCUUCAGACAGUAAUGAAUAUCCAGGAACUACCCGUUCGCCGUUCAAUAAUGCGCCAGAUGACAAUAAGAGGCGUAGCUCAUCGAGAUCUAUAAAACGUAGGCGAUUCGACGAUGAGUUGGUUGAAUAUAGCGGUUUGCCUGGGGCUUCCCUUGGUAAAGGUGAUAAAAGGAUGCGGACACAGUCGUAUACUAGCCAAGUUUCCGAGGUUGCUGCUCCGAGUGCUCCUCCAACACCCGCUCCUCCGCCUCAGGAGCGCCGUAGAGCUUCGAGCAAGAUCUCCGCUGGCGGUGUUAGGCGCAAGGCUAGGCGUAAGGGCCAGCUAAGUCAUAUGUCCACUAAGGAUCUUGGGCGCUGGAAACCAACGGAUGAUCUUGCUUUAAUAUUGGGAGUACAACAGACUAAUGAUCUGCGAGUAGUGCACCGUGGCGUGAAGUUCACAUGUAGGUUCACAGUCAGUGAACUCCAAUCUCGUUGGUAUGCACUCCUGUACAACGCUGAAAUCUCACGAGUGGCUGUUGCAGCUAUGCGAAACUUACAUCCAGAUUUGGUCACAGCAGUGCAGCAGCAAGCAUUGUAUUCUACUGCGGAGGAAGAAUUACUGGGGACUUUAUCAAGUGCCCAUGCACAGCCAAUAGAACGGUUCCAGGAGUUGCUAGAGCAGAAUCCGCAUGUAUUCUAUCCCUCAAGGACACCUAAGUCUUUAAUGGCACACUAUCAACUGCUGAAGCAUUACCAUCUGUUGCCAGAUCAAACUGUACAACCAUUGCCUAAAAAUUCAGCCGAUAGAGUACUGACAUUCUCUGAUGCAGAGGAAACCAUAAAUGAUUCAGAAUUGACAGAUUACCAUGAAGAUGGUAUUGAUGCGGAAAUGCAAAUAGCUGACAGGGUUGACAAAAAGAACAUUCGUCUGCUAGAGACGUCGCUGACUCGCUGGCAAGUGUUGGUGCAGUCUCUCGCCGGCGGCAACGUCGAGCUGGACAAGAACACGCUCGCCGUGUUGCGCGGCAGGCUCGUGCGGUUCCUCAUGAGGUCACGAGAGAUUGCGGUCGGGCGGAGUACACGGGACAACCCUAUCGAUGUGGACUUAACAUUAGAAGGUCCAGCUACCAAGGUCUCCAGGAAGCAAGCUACCAUCCGCUUGAGGAACAGUGGGGACUUCUUUAUGACCGCUGAAGGCAAACGACCCAUAUUUGUCGACGGCCGCCCCGUGUUACAGGGGAACAAAGUCAAGUUGAACCACAACACCAUCAUCGAGAUUGCGGGUCUGCGCUUCGUGUUUCUGGUGAACCAAGAACUGAUCAGCGCCAUUCGACAGGAAGCCGUUAAAGUUAAUAUACCUGUGUAAACAUUCUGAAAUAACCUUGUACCUGUGUAGUAUUGAAAUAAUAAACAGCUUUUACUGAGAA